CKCAAGUCCCUAGUCAUUAUCUCUACACUACAACAAAGUAGUUAAACUGUACUGUAGCUUACAACAUUUUAUGCCAUACAAAGAAACAAUAGCUUCCAAAAUGGAUCGGGACAAAGCUAGCCCGUCGCCCUCCACCCCCCUGGAGUCCCCAGGUCAAUCGCCUCCCUGUACUUUACUGCUGGGUCUGGUCGACUGCAGGAAAACACCGGGCAGAGUGGAACUGAGAGAGGAGAAGAGGAAUCAUGGAGAUGUGAUUUCAUUAGGGGACAGCCCUAACCGUUGCUCUCUUAGUGGGAGGGGCUUAUCACCUGGGGAGCCUCAACAAUGUCAUGAUGCUGACAAGAAAGAGCAGAGUUUCUCCAGAUCAGAACACCUCAAGAAACACCAGCAGAAACGUAUAGGGAAGAAACCUCACCACUGCUGUUCUGACUGUGGGAAGAGUUUUGCUAAACAGAAGGAAUUGAUAAUUCAUGAGCRGAUUCACACCGGUGAGAAACUGUACCACUGCUCUCAGUGUGGGAAGAGUUCAGCUGCAUCUAAAACCUUAAAUUCUCAUCGGAAAAUUCAUACAGGGGAGAKRCCUUACACCUGCUUUGAUUGUGGGAAAUACCUCRAUCAAUCAGGAGCCCAGACUAAACACAUACACACAGGAGAGAAGCCUUAUACCUGUGAUCAGUGUGGGAAGAGCUUUAAGAAAUCAGGACACCUGACUAUACACAAACGCAUACACACAGGAGAGAAGCCUUACAGCUGUGAUCAGUGUGGGAAGAGCUUCAGUCGAUCAGGAGACCUGACUAGACACCAACGCAUACACACAGGAGAGAAGCCGUAUCGCUGUGAUCAGUGUGGGAAGAGUGUCAAUAAUUCAGGACAACUGACUACACACCAGCGCAUACACACAGGAGAGAAACCUUAUAGCUGUGAUCAUUGUGGGAAGAGCUUCAUUCGAUCAGGAGACCUGACUACACACAAACGCCUACACACAGGAGAGAAGCCUUACAGCUGUAAUCAGUGUGGGAAGAGCUUCAAUCAGUCAGGACACCUGACUUUACACCAACGCAUACACACAGGAGAGAAGCCUUAUAGCUGUGAUCAGUGUGGGAAGAGCUUUGCUCGAGAUUUCACCCUGACUACAACACCAGCGAAUACACAGAGGAGAUAAGCCUAUAGCUGUGAUCAGUGUGGGAAGAGCUUUGCUCGAGAUUCCACUGACUACACACCCAACGCAUACACACAGGAGAGAAGCCUUAUAGCUGUGAUCAGUGUGGGAAAAGCUUCAAUCAUUCAGGAC